AUGGCAGAAAAACGAGUUCAAGAAUUACUUGGUCAGAUGCAAAAGACGUUGGAAUGUUCGAUAUGUUUAGAGAUGAUGAAUAAUCCAGUGUCAACAGGUUGUGGUCACCAGUUCUGCAGGUUUUGUUUAACAGAGUUUAUUGAUAGAAAGAGACAGGUGCCAUGUCCACUGUGCAAGAAACCAAUUACUAAAAGGAGCUUGAUGAAAAGAGAAGAGCUUGGAGAUAUGGUGGAAGGCGUGAGAAGCUUGAUAUCUGCCUUCCAGAAAGAUACUGGAUUCCUGUUUUCUCCACCAAGAGGUCCACAGUCAGGUUUAUUACCCGGAACUCCUGAUUCCAUAAAAGCAAAGACAACCACUGGACAAAAACCCGCGAAAAAUGUAGCACAUAGUAAUGUCAGACGUACAAAAAGAAGGCAACUUAUUGACACUGCAAGCACAGAUUCCCCAUCAUUGAUCAGAAGAGGUUCGAGCCCUAGUCACAGUGUUAAGAAGUCUAUAAAUGGUGAGCAAGAUGCAGAGCUUGGUUCUAGCAGAACCCUAGAGGAUGACCGACAACAAGAGCUUCUAAAAUGUAUCCAAGAAGGAACUUUAAAUGCAGAUGAUUCAAGUGAAGACAAUGAUGAUGUUGGUAUUAAUAAAGAAGGAAACAGUACCUCUAGUAAACAUAAAACAAGAAAAAGAAAUGGUUCUAAAAAGCACCCAGAUAGAAAUUCUAGUAACUCAAAUAUUUCUAGACAAAAAAUUGGUAAGGCUGAAAGUGAUUUGACUGACGGUGGAAAGGAAACAAUGGAAAUGAAUCAGUCAAAAGUUGUAUCUGUUAGUGAUAAGGUUAGUGAUAAAGUAACUGAAAAGAGUAAUGCAAAGUUAAAAACUGCAGAAAGUAUUGGCAAAACUGUAAAUGAGGAUAUUGCAAUAGAAGUGCAGGAAAAUAAUGACAAUGAUGCCACAAAUGAGAUUGAAAUGGAGGUAGAUACAGAUGUACAUAUACUGUCGGGAACCUCCGUUGCCAAGGAAUCUGAAAGUUCAAGUGGACCGUUAUUUAGAACUCCUGUUGAUCCUAAGGGUUUAAAACAUUCUCAUCAAAGAAACAGUUCGGAAGAUCAAUCUCAAGUUCGGAAAAAGUCUUUAAGAUCCAAGGAUAAUACAAAUCAACAUUUAGAGGCUGAUGACCAUGACAGCAGUUUGAAAAUGACACAAGAGGAUUUGACAGUUAAAGUUAAAGACAAUAGUAGAACCUACUGCAAGAAAGACAAAGAUUUAUUUGUGAAGGAGAAAAAAGCGACAAGAAAAGUUGCAGAAUGGUUGAAAAAUAUACCACCCAUUUCUGACAGUGAAAAUGUAGGGUGUGAUGAAAUAAGAAUGAAUGAACCCAAAGAAAAGAUCCAGCCAAAAAGAAUGAGUAAAAAGGAUGUGAAAGUGAGAGAGGAAGAAGAAGCCAUGGGAAAUAAGAUAAAACAUCUUGCAAAACAGGUUCAGGAUAACGGUAAAGGACUUUUGUUUGAGAUAGAUGAUUUUGAAACAGAGCCAGAAAAGAAGCCGCCAACAGAUUCUAAAAUAAAAAGUGAUAAAGAAAAUGCAAGCAUUUCUAUAGAAAGUGAGAAAUCAAAUUUGGACAAGAAAAAUUAUGAAGAAGUGUCCGAUGUCCGAGUUCAAGAAGUAAAACAUGUUAUUACAGAACCUGUAAGACGGAAAAGAAUAUUUAAAAGCAGAACUAAUCAGUCAGAUGUUAGUUCAGAAUCUGAUUCUGACAAAGCUUUAAUCAGAAAUAAUAAUCAAAAUGUUACGGUGAUGAAGACAAUAACAGAAGAGAAAAAUACUAGUAAUGUGUUAGACAACGAAAUUGUUGAGAUAAGGAGUCAAGAUUCAGAGUUGCCCUCUUCCGAUCCAUAUGAAUUCAAGUCCAGUCAGAAUACACCCAUGAAGGUCACCAAAAAGAAAGGCAAAUCUAAAAAUAAUAAACAGUCUAAGGCAUUGAAAA